CCCCAGACCCACUCCAGUGGCCAGACCCCCAAGCCCCCCGCCCAGCCCUCGCCCAGCCCGGGUCCCCCUCCCCUCGUGGAGGAGCGCGCCCAUGGCUUGGUCACCUACCUGACCAUCGGCCACCCGGUGCCCGCCCUGGUGGUCCGGGGGGUCCGCGACCGCCUGGUCCUCACCUACCCGCACCAGGCCCACCCCCUCAAGUCCACGCGGUUCUACCUGCUGGUGGUGGGCGGCGCCGAGCCCUCGCAGGGGCUGCUCUUCUUCCGGCAGGACCAAGCGCACAUCGACCUCUUCGUCUUCUUCUCGGUCUUCUUCUCCUGCUUCUUCCUCUUCCUGGCCGCCUGCGUGCUGCUCUGGAAGGCCAAGCAGGGCCUGGACGCGCGGCACGAGCGGCGCCGGCACCGCCAGGAGAUGUCCAAGAUGGCGGCCAGGCCCUUCGCCAGGGUCACCGUGUGCUUCCAGCACUGCGGCCACCGGCCGCGGCCGCCGGGCUACCAGAACCCCGGGGGCGGCUACCAAA